CAACGAGUGGUUACAAAUAGAAAGGGUGUGAGGGCCGCAGAGGUCUUUAGGAAAUUUUCCGGUGACGGAUGAUUUGGUUCUCUCGCGCUUCUGUUGCUUGUCGUCUUCCCUGAAUGCCUUCAUCAGCGUUCAGGAAAAUUGUGACGAUUUACGUGCGGAGGAGCGAGGGAUUAAUAGGUGAUCAUGGAUAUAAAAGAAAUGGUAUAUGUGGGAUUAAAUUUUGUGGGUUGUGCUUGAGUUAAAAGAAAUGAAUCCAAUGCUGGACAUUUGCCAUAUGAAUGCCAAUUUUGGAAAUGUGAUGGCUAAUCUCCCGUGGAAUACUAAACCGAUCCUGUGAGAAGAAGGGCCUUUGGCAUGCGCUACUACCAUUCUGUAUGAAAUUCUUAAAAAUGGCGGUGGCCAUUGAUCAACAUCAUGGAUUUGGACCGUUUAAUCGACCUAAGAGAUGCAGACUCCAAUCCUUUACUCACUUUGAUAACAACAUUGUUGAAAUUAGCCAAACCAAUCUUACCAACUCCUUAAAACAAGCAUUUGAAGUUGCUAAUAUUCACCGAAGCUUCUCUACUCCGUGCUUCUCCCUAGCCACAAGAUUGGAAGACGAGCUUGAUGCCAACCCAAGAGUCGAAAUUGUUGGCGGCCAUGGAGCACCUAGAGUGCGUGCCCUUGUUGUUGAGGUUGCAAUAGCUAUAGCCUCUGGUAUUGGUCCAAUGCCAGUCGCAAGUGGACUAGGUGGCGCUUACUUCAUACGCGACAAGAGUGGUGAUAAUAUUGCCGUCAUAAAGCCAAUUGAUGAAGAACCUUUAGCCUUUAACAAUCCAAAAGGUUUUGGUGGAUUGAUGCUAGGUCAACCUGGAAUGAAACGUUCAAUUCAAAUUGGUGGAACUGGAAUUCGUGAAUUAGCUGCUUAUCUUCUUGAUCAUGAUGGCUUUGCUGGUGUUCCUCCAACAGCCUUGGUCAAAAUAACUCAUGUUGGAUUCCAUAUAAAUAAUGGUGCUGAUGCAACCACCACAUCAGCUCCACCAUAUAAGAUUGCCUCACUCCAACAUUUUGUAGAUCACGAUUUUGACGCAGGGGAAUUAGGCCCUUCAGACUUCUCAGUUGCUUCAGUUCAUCGAAUUGGAAUUUUUGAUGUUAGGCUCCUAAAUCUUGAUAGACACUCUGGAAAUAUGCUAGUCAAGAAGAAUGAUCACCGUGGAAAUUAUGCAAUUGGGGUAGUUGAGCUUGUGCCGAUAGACCAUGGACUUUGCCUACCUGAAUGGCUUGAUGAUCCUUAUUUUGAAUGGCUACAUUGGCCUCAAGCCUCGAUUCCCUUUUCAGAGUCUGAAUUUGACUACAUAUACAAUCUUGAUCCUUUUAAAGAUGCAGAGCUGUUAAGGUCUGAGCUUCCUUCUCUAGGGGAAUCAUCUAUCCGAGUUCUUAUCCUUUGCACUAUUUUCUUAAAGCAAGCUGUUUCUGCUGGGCUUUGCCUUGCUGAUAUAGGUGAAAUGAUGACUCGUGAGUUCCGUGGUGGAGAGGAAAAUUUAAGUGUGCUAGAGAGUCUUUGUGCAAAAAUAAAGGCAAGUUUGGUUAAUAAAUCCAUUGGUGAUGACAUUUAUAAUGGUGAUGAUCAGAAUAAUGAGCAAAGUAUAGAAGAAAAAGAAGAGGCUGCUAUAUUUCAAUUUGAUGAUGAAAGUGAAAAUGCUUUGAGUGAGGUUUUGGAUGUCCAUCAACUCUUACAAUUUCCACCUAAGAUGGCUAACUUGUCAAAAAAUCCAAGGUUUUCAUCCAUAAGAUCAAUGCCUAAGCUGCAAGAUUCAGCAGCAUUAUCUCCAGUAUGUAAGCAAAACGACUACGAAGAUGAUGAUGAUGAUGAUGAUGAUGAUGAUACUCAUCGUGAGAACACACACAUUAUGAAAGAAAAUAGUGAUAAUGAUGGCGGGGAUAGCAUCAUAGUUAGGGGUUUGACAAAGAGCAUCAGUUACUCUGUACAAAAUUAUAACUGUGAAAUUGAAGGCAUUUCUCUUGGAGACAUGAGUGGAGAUCAAUGGGAAUUGUUCUUGGAGUGCUUUGAGGAGCUUUUGCCUGAGGUUUUUCAAGGCACAAAGGGCAUGGGCACAAAGCAAAGGUUGGGAACUUCUUGCAAGUUCUGAGUUAUGAAUGUUCACAAGAAAUCAACACAACCCAAAUGAGAAACAGGUACUUGCUUGAACCUAGCUAAUUUGGAGUAAUUUGUAUACUGUCCAUAUCAACUUGGUAAUAUAUUACAGAUGAUACUUAGGAAGGAAAAGGGAUAAGGCAGGCUGCCAUCCUUUCCAUUUCAUUUCUCACUCUACUAUUUUUUUUUUUUUUGCCUCAUUUCAUUUCUUUUUCUUCCUAUUAUCAUUUUAUUAUACAUUCAAUUUUCAUGCACAUGAUUUUGUAAGAAACAAAUGAUCAAAUUUGUAAAUACUAUUAUUUAUAUGUGUAAUUAAUUUCAUUAUUCA